AGGGCUGGGGUGGUGGCACUGGACUGGUGUCCGAAGGGACAGGGGCGUCCCAGGGCGUGGGCAGGCUUCUACGUGGGGUUCCGACCUUUCAGGGCCAGCUGCAGGGACAGCUAAGCGGCCAGCAAGGUUCAGAGGACAGACAUGGAAGUUGGUGACUCCUCGGUCCCCCUGGACUACGCGGCCUCAAAGGCUUACAGCUCCAGAGGCGCACUGGAGGGGCAGAGCGGCCAGUCCCCUGCUGCCAAGGGCCAGGAAUCCCUGGACAGUUACUCUUUCUUCACUGAAAGGGAUGGGAUAGUGGCCCCCAAAGAGGAAGGUGAGGAGUCUGAGAGCCCCCUGAGGGAGCAGGACCUGAAGGAAGCCUACAUCCAGCUUGUCCAUGGUGUGCAGGAGUGGCCAGACGGCAGUGUUUACCGAGGGGAGUUUGGGCUCAACAUGAAGCUUGGAUAUGGUGAAUUCUCCUGGCCCACGGGUGAGACCUACCACGGGCAGUUUUAUCGGGAUCACUGCCACGGCUUGGGCACCUACAUGUGGCCCGACGGCUCCAGUUUCACGGGCAUGUUUUACCUUAGCCAUCGAGAAGGCUAUGGCACCAUGUACAUGAAGACAAAGCUUUUCCAGGGGCUGUAUACAAUGGACGAGCGGUUUGGGCCGGGUGUUGAGACCUACCCCGAUGGCAGCCAGGACGUGGGACUGUGGUUCCGGGACCAGCUCAUCAAGCUGUGCACGGAGGUUCCCAGCAGCUUCUCCCUGCUCAACUUCCCUGAGUUCUCCAUCUUUCUUCUACGCCCCCGGGAGAGAAUCCGUCUCUCGGAGGAGGAGGAGGUGGAGUGGGGCCCGCCCGAGGGGCAGGACCCCUUCUUCUAUGAGUAUAAGCGGUUUCUCCUGAAUGACGACCUGAGGCUUCCUCCAGAGACGCACGUCUACUCCACCGACAGCAGACACCUGCCCCUGACAGCCUCCUUCCGCAGAGAGCUGGACGCCCGGAUCUUCGCUAAUGAGAUCCCGCCCUUCAUUGAGGAUGGAGAGCCCUGGUUUAUAAAAAACCCAACUCCCUUGUUGGUCAAAAUGCAGACACAGACUUACAAGUUCAGGAACAAGAAGGCUCACAGCAGCUGGAAUAUGGGUGCCAUCCUGGAAGGGCGCCGCGAUGGCUUUGCACGUUCUGGGCCUAAGGAGCGGCUUUCCGUAGAGAUGAUCCUAAAGGCUGAGGAAGGGGACCGUGACUGGAUCUACGGAAUCCUGAAGGACGACCUCGCCCAUCCGGACGUGGCUGACGCCACGGGCUACACUGUGCUUGCAGCGGCCGCUGCACACUGUCACAUCGACGUGGUCAGCCUCCUCCUGGACCAUGGGGCUGACGUGAACAAGUGCACGGACGAGGGCCUCACGCCGCUCAGCAUAAGCUUCCUCCUCUACUAUCCCAGCGCGUCCUUCAGGCCCAACGUUGCGGAGAGGACCUUGCCCCAGGCACCUCCAAAAUGCCCGGUCACCCUGAGCUGCUUUCCGGAUGUGAACGUGGAGUCUCUCCAUGAGGCCAGUGUGCCCGCCCAGAGCCUGGAGGAGGGCAGCCUGUCCCCGGGCACACGGCAGUCUCCAGAGUCCACGGGUCAGCAGAGCAGCCCUCCGAGGGAGGAGUCCCCCUCCAUGCAGGGCAGCGCCAGCGACGGGGACAGAGAGCUGGGGGAGAAGGCGGAAGCCGUGGACGCGCGCACCCUGAGCAGUGAGGAGUCCAAGUUCCAGUCCAUGGUCUGCAUGUACAACUACUCCAUCCAGCUCUCCAGGGAGAUCCUGGAGAAGAGCGCCCAGGCCUACAGCACGCUGCAGGGGCCCUGCCUGGACAAGGGCACUGUGCGGAGGAUGGCACAGUGCAUCGCCAAACAGAGAAACCGGUGGCUGACCAUCCAGCUGCUGCUGCGCCGCGGUGCGGACCCCAACCUGUGCAGCGUGCCCAUGCAGGUGCUGUUCCUCGCCGUGAAGGCCGGCGACGUGGACGGCGUGAGGCUGCUGCUGGAGAAGGGGGCGCGGACUGACAUCAGGUACCCACCACAGCUGGGGUCCCUGACUCCACUCCACAUUGCUGCUGCCCUUCCAGGGCAGGAGGGGGUCAGGAUCACAGAGCUGCUGCUCCAUGCUAUCACCUAUGUGGAUGCCAAGGCGACUGACCAGGACCACAUGUACAAGCUCAGCAAGCUGGACCUGCCGCCCUCAAGCCUGAAGCUCAACAAUGAGCCAGGCCCACCCAGCACCUACUACAACAUGAACACGUGUGUCCCCGAAGAGGGAGGCAGGACAGCUCUGCACGUGGCCUGUGAGCGGGAAGACAGCAAGAAGUCUGCCAGGGACAUAGUUCGGCUCCUUCUCUCCCACGGGGCUAAUUCCAACCUGCUCUGGAGUGGCCACUCCCCGCUCUCCCUGUCCAUCGCUAGUGGGAAUGACCUGAUCGUGAAGGAGCUCUUGUCCCAGGGAGCUGACCCCAAUCUGCCCCUGACCAGAGGCUUGGGCAGCGCCCUGUGUGUUGUGUGUGACCUGGCCUAUGAGCAUCAGAGGAGCACUGACAAUAAGAUAGCGCUGAUUGACCGGCUCAUUGACCAUGGGGCUGACAUCCUGAAGCCCAUGACGCUCACACAGGGAGACAAGGUGGCAGUGGGCACAGCUGUGGACUAUGGCUACUUCAAAUUCUACCAGGACCGGAAGAUCGCCCACUGCCCCUUCCACGCGCUGACGCCCACAGAGCGGGAGACGUUCCUGGCCAGGAAGAAGCUGCUGGAGUACAUGGGUGUGCAGCUGCGAAGGGCAGUGCUUGCCAGGGAGAGCCAGUGGGACGCCAGGGAGCUGCAGCUCAGCAAGAGAGACAGUUUUGAAACCACUGGAGCAGUCAGCCCACAAGGAGUAGAGCCAAUACCUGGAUAUGCUCAAGAAGACAGACUGCCAGAGGAGUCUGUCCACGCCACUGCCGUCCAGGGCGCACCCAGGAGGGUCACAGCACCAGGAGCUUCACGUUGUGGUGGUGAGGUGUAAACUGCACCAUGCAACCCGCUGGUCACUAAAUAAGCAGGCAAACAGCAUCACGAAGCCUGGUGGGGUGGGGGCAGCACCUACGGCUGCCCCAGUGUGUCAGCUACGGUGCUGGACAGCACGUGACCAUAAGUCCUGCAGACACACCCAGACACAUGCAUGCCCUGCAGAGACCAGAGGCCAGAGGCACAGGGAGGACUCACAGCAGCCUCAUGGGCAUGUUCAGUAAUCGGGAAAGCUUGAUUAAGAAGCAAAGGAAGGUGUGACUGAACGUCCUGGCAGGGAAUUUUGACAUAGGAAGAGAAAGGACCCAAAAAGGGCAAAGUGGACCUCUGAACCUCAAACUCCCGCAGCCUCAAAAUGGAAACCUUGGCUAGAGGGUCCCAGUGUGGCAGGAAAAAGGAACCAAGACACCUGAAGGCCAGUGAUCAAGAUGGCGCUAUCUGAAGAGAGAAAAAGCAGGAAGGAGGAUGAACCACACUCAGUGAUUGGCACUCUGUGUGGCAGGACUGCCAGAGCAGGUGGGAGCAAGCAGCACCAAGUGUCCAGCAGGGGCAGGCGGCUCAAGUAUCCAGCAGGGGCAAGCGGCUCCAAGUGUCCAGCAGGGGCAGCAGCUCCAAGUGUCCAGCAGGGGCAGCAGCUCCAAGUGUCCAGCAGGAGGAAGCAGCUCCAAGUGUGGAGCAGGGGCAGCAGUUCCAAGUGUCCAGCAGGGGCAAGUGGCUCCAAGUGUCCAGCAGGGGCAGCAGCUCCAAGUGUCCAGCAGGGGCAGCAGCUCCAAGUGUCCAGCAGGAGGAAGCAGCUCCAAGUGUCCAGAGGGGCAGCAGCUCCAAGUGUCCAGCAGGGGCAGCAACUCCAAGUGUCCAGCAGAAAACCCAGGCCAGGAGAUCUCCAGAGCAGCAAGAGGAGAGCAGCGCCCAAGCACAGGGAGAUGGCCAGGUCUGCAGCUGGCUGCUUAUCAAAAACGACUGAGUAACGAGGGAAAAAUCAGAACAUCCCACAUAAGCAGAGUGGAGACGAUCUGUUCCCAGGAGACCCCACUGAUGAGACGUCCCAGGGGAUUCUGACCAAGCAGGUGGAUGCAGACCAAGUUCAGGGCUGCACAGAGAGGGGACGCCAUGUGCUUGCUUGCUGCUCAUUUCCUGUCUUAUUUGGCAGCAGUCAUAGUGAUAUGUAAUUUCUACCUUUGGCGUGGUGGCACGGGGGAUGUGGACCUACCCUGCAGCGAGAGGGAAAUGUCAGGACAAAGCAAAGCACCCAGCCACCGAGAUCUCAGCAGAUGGUCCAAAGAGCAUGUGACAUAUAAAGAAAUCUUCAUUCAGUAAAAUCAGCUAAGACGCAGGGGGCCCAGGGCAGCAGCGGUGCCAAACUGAGAUCCACACUCCGGCCCCACUCAGAGGCAGCAAGCCCCCUCCAGGCCGCUGUGGCCAAAGAACCCCCAAGGAGGACUGUCUCUCCAGGAGGGACAGAUGUCACUGACCCACUCCUGUCCCAGCUGCCUCUUCUGCAGCCAGUCUGGACCUUGUGAACCUUACCGUGUCUGGGGACUAAGGCUCCAUUCUUAUGCUCAGACCCCGUGCACGGGACGGAAUGUCAACCCUGCAUACAGUGCCACCGAGAACCUUGGUCUCAGGAGCGAGGCAGGCUUCCUGCUGGAGGGCACGCUUGGAAGUCGGGUCCACCUCCCUUCUCUGCUGAGUCUCAGCUCCCAACGUGGGGGUGUCACCAAGACGGAAGUGUGUCACUGUCCCAGCACCCUCUCCAGAGCCAUGGCUCAGGGAAAUACCCAGAGAAGCACCUCAUGACACACAAAGCUCUGACUCUGCCCAGGAGGGCGACUUCCUUGCAACCGACCAUGAAGUUCAGGCUGACGGUGCCUCCGUCACUGGCCUCCUGGAGGCCACAGCAAACAGCUGGCAGAUGGGUUGCAGAGAUCAGCCAAAGUAUGAUGUGGCUAAGGUGCUGGAGGAAGGUGGGAUCAAGCUGCUGGAGAGUCCUCCUGGUUAGGGCCCUGGGAGCUGAUUUGCCUGGGUCGGUCUUCGCAGCAAUUUACGUUCCAGGGUUGGCUUGAAACCCUGGAGCGUCCGUCAGCAAUUAGCAGAGCUGAAUGGCAGGGUCUGUCAGGGCAGGGCCGGCCAAGGAGAGCAGCCCAGGGUGACCAUGGCCUUGUGCUGCAGGGGGAAGUAGAUGUCCUGAGUGCACUCAGCUGGUCACUAAACAAGCAGGCCAAGAAGCAUGACCAGCUCUCCAGCCGGGGAGGAACCAGGGGAAAAGACAGGGCCUUGGUGCAGGGGAAGCUGAGGCUCUGAGCGGGGAGGCGAGAUAGAACCUGUGCUGGCCUGUGGCCAGGGGCCCACGGGGCGGGGACAGUGCUGGUUGGGCAGGAGGCAGGAGCGGAGUCACUGAGGUUGGCCCUCCGGCUCGGGGCCCUGCCCGUGGGGUGCUGAUGUGG